CAGCUGUCAACAAGCCAUGUUUCUUUCUUUUCGCUAAAGUGCGUUCACGAAGACGUGUUGCGACUACGGAUUUAGUCUGCAAAUAAAGAACCAUCCCAAGAUGAGUACUGCAACCAUUCGUACCCGUCGUUACAUGAGCAACCGGCUGCUGUGCCGCAAGCAAAUGAUUUGCGAUGUCCUGCACCCUGGACUGGCCUCGGUAUCGAAGAAGGAGAUCCGAGAGAAGCUGGCCGUCAUGUACAAAACCACCCCCGACGUGGUGUUCGUGUUCGGUUUCCGCACCAACUUCGGAGGCGGCAAGUCAACCGGAUUUGGCCUGAUCUACGACACCCUCGACCACGCCAAGAAGUUCGAACCCAAGCACCGUCUCGGCCGCCACGGACUGUACGAGAAGAAGAAGAUGACUCGCAAGCAGCGUAAGGAACGCAAGAACCGUAUGAAGAAGGUGCGCGGCACGAAGAAGGCCAAGGUUGGACAGGCCGUGAAGAAGUAAAACUCCGGAUAGUGUGUUGGUGCUGCCUGCCGCUACUGCCGCAGUGGUGGUCGGUCGGUGUCUUCUUCGGUCCGUGUUUUAAGUUUAUAUGUUUUCUCUUGUGCGGAUUAAACGGAAACAUUCCGCCAAAGGAAUGAGAAUAUAAGCAACAAUACCAUGUAAGGAGAAACCGUA